AUCCUGGGGGUCAUCCUCUUGCUAAACCCCCAGAAAGGGACUUGCAGCUGUUCUUUGCUCAGCGAGACCCUGAGCAUGUUGCUGGGACCAUCUAAACUCUCACUGAUGCUGGAAAGCUGCUCCCAAGGGAUGCAGGCAGCUCGGCCCAACCCAGCUCCACUUCACCAGCGAAUGGAUGCUGACUCCAUCUCAGUUUACAUCCAAGAUCUUGUAGACGAUUCAACCCCGUCUGGCACCUUGCCUUGAUUCUCCACCCCUGGUCUCAGAGCAGACCUAGUCAGCCUGCAGGGACCGCUGCCCACAGAGCCACCACCAGCCUCCUCCUCUCUCUGAAGGCAGAGCCUGCUCAGCCCAGCAGUAUCCAGUCCGCUUGGGGCUGACACGCAGCGACGGAAAGCUGGCUGCUCUGAGCCAUCCCUCCUGUCCCUGCAGGAGCCGGUGGCUGCGUUCCUCUGUGGCGUGCUCGGAGGAUGUACAGAGCCACCUCACCUUCUGCAGAGAGCCACUACCCACCGGUGACAGCUGGGACGACUGAGACGCGGCAUGGUCUCUUCCUCAGACCCCGUCACCAUGGAAAAUCCCCCCAAGAGCCCUGACGAGAGUGAGAAGUCCCCUCAGUCGAAGGAGCUGCUGACCAGUAACACGGCCAGCACCCUCUGCAUCAGCUCCCGGAGCGAGUCCGUCUGGACCACUACAUCCAGAAGCAAGUGGGACAUAUACCACAAGCCCAUCAUUGUCAUGUCUGUCGGAGCAGCCAUCUUCCUCUUGGGGAUAGUCAUCACGAGCCUGUCUUGCAUCCUCAUCAAGAACAAAAAUGUCUACAAAAUGUGUGGGCCAGCUCUCCUCUCCUUGGGACUGAUGCUCCUCGUUUGUGGCCUUGUCUGGAUCCCCAUCAUCCGGAAGAAGCAGAAGCAGAGACAGAAGCCACAGUUUCUUCAGAGCCUCAAGUCCUUCUUCUUUAAUCGCUGAGGACAGCCCAGGACCUUCCUGGGAAGGUUCCCCUCCCCUCUACCCACCUGCGUUGGUUAGCCAUGAAAAGAAAUACAUUCUUGUACUCUCCUAGAGGAUUUAAUCCUGUUAAGUCUUUUCUCUAGAGGUGAAACACACUGUAGCACUCUCCAGUGUGAAAAUGAACUUUGUAUUUCAUCAAAGUAAUCCCAGAAGAAAAGAGAGCAGGAUUUUGCAGCCGAGCCCAGCAAGGCAGGUCCAAACUCUCCUCAUCACCCCCUGUCCAAUGAGCAAACCAAAGUCACGUAUUGGGAAAUGCAAAGCUUCAAAGUAGCCUGGCUCCACCCAGUAUCUUCGGCAAGAUAUGUCAGCAAAGAGGAGCCAACUGACUGCUGUGUGUGAAUAAAGCCAGGUGUGAUCACUGCUCACUGCAAACUGCAGCUCAGAUGUAGAAACUGGGAGGCCAGAGAUGGUUCAUGCAAAGACAAUGGAGAGGAGAAGCAGGACAAUGUCAUUCCAGACCGCUUUGUAUCAGACAAGGCCAUCAGAAUGGGCAUCACAUAUCACCAAAACUUAAGAGGACCAGACGUGAUACCAUGGUCAGGACUUUCCUGCCACUGGGCUGUUAUAAAGGAUGACUGAGACACGGAUGCAAACUGGAGCUCACUCCUUGCUCAGGGUGGAGCAUUCACAAGCUUUAUUUAUUGCUCAAGGGAAAGGGCAGCAUCACAAGCAGCAUUUUUUUGCUCCCUUAGCAGAGGAUGCUUAAGAAAAGUUGUUCUGCAGCAUUUUGGUGUUUGCACUGGUGUUUGCUAGAGACCUCCAUAAACUCGAACCAUCAGCUCGUUUGGGUGAUCAGAACUGGAACAAAGGCAAGCGAGACAGGUUUGUUGUCCCCACACCUCUUUAUUCCUGCCUGUAAUGAAUGUGUUCCCUGAGGCAAUUCACCAAGGAAAGCACAGAUCCUUUCUGCAUGAGUUUUGCUUUAGUUUUAUCUUCUUGGCAGGCGUGAUUUACUCAUUUACUUCUCAAUCAAAACAACUGCUAUCAGUCUGGACAACGAGACCUGGGUUGGUAUAAACAGGCCCAUAGUGUCCUGCUCCUAAUUUGGGCUUCAAGCACUGAUGAGAGUCUGAUUUAUCAGAAGUGCUGAGCCAGGAUAGAUCCAUGACAGCUCUUCAUCAGCCCCAUGAGUCUCCUCAGCAGGACAAAGACUAAAGAAAUGCCCUGACACCCGCUGUGGACUGAGGAUGUGGUCGGUGCUGAUGGGAAGCAGAAGAGCAUAGAAGAGGCAACCCCACCAAGCUCCUCUUUACAGCCUGCCCUGCUGCUCUUCCAAACGGGAGGCAGAGAGGCUGGCAGGGUGUUCACUGAAAGGAUUUGCAAUGUAUUUGCUCUUUGGGUUCAAACAGACAGGUUGGGCUAACCUCCAUCAGCUGCUGGUGAGGGGGAGCUCAUGUAAGCCCUCAGGCUUCUUUAAGCCACCUCUGCCAACGGCUCUCAAGGAAAGCUGGAGAAAAGCACAAGGAAUGAGGCAUGCAGGAAUAGUCCUUCUGUUUAUGUCUGCCUCCCGGCUCCCAGCAGCUCAGAGCCAAGGCAGAGGUUUCUCCAGGCCCCUGUUUAGCAGUCAUUCAUAUGGCAAAUAUGCCCAAAUCCUUCUGUUUUGCACAUUUUUUCAAAUCAGUUUGUACUUUCAGGCUCUGAAAAUGCUGGAGCCUCAAUCCCUUACAGCCAGACAUGCUGGAAGCUCUGCAAAACAUCAGGAGACAUGACAAAACCAGAAGGUAACAGAUCCUGCUGCAGGCGCCCAGCAGGUCAGUUAAAAGUGAGUGUUCUCUGUAGUCAAGGAUCAUGAAGCUGUAGCUGUGGAAACUGUGCUGGGGGCCAAGAGUUGAUUCCCUGUGGGGAAUACUUAACCUCCUCCUGGUCAUGGAAUUAUAGAAUCAUGGAAUGGUUUGGGUUAGAAGGGACAUUAAGGCCCAUCCAGCUCCAAACCCCUGCCAUGGGCAGGGACAUCUCCCACUGGAUCAGGGGCUCCAACCCCCAUCCACCCUGGCCUUGAACACCUCCAGGGAUGGGGCAGACAGCACUGCUCUGGGCAACCUGGGCCAGGGCCUCCCCACCCUCACAGGAAAAUGUUUCUUCCUAAGAUCUCAUCUCAGCCUCCCCUCUUUCAGCUGAAAACCAUUCCACCUUGUCCUCUUCCUGCACUGCCUGAUCAAGCGCCCCUCCCCAGCUUUCUUGGAACCCUUUUCAGUACCGGGAGGCUGCUCUAAGGUCUCCCUGGAGCCUUCUCUUCUCCACACUGAUAAUCUCCAUGGCCUCCUCUGGACUCACUGCAGCAGAUCCUGUGCUGAGGACUCCAGAAUGGAACAUAGGGCUCCAGGUAAGGUCUCUUGAGAGUGGACUAGAGGGGCAGAAUCCCCUCCUUUGACCUGCUGCUCACACUUCACUGAAUUCUCUUGUACCUAAAAUUGAUGUCACAUCAGAAUUUUUGCUUGCAAGUAUGGUCCAAGGUGUCCAUGGCUCAAAGACUUUAAAUGGAACCAUUUGUGCUACCACAAUUUGGCUAACAGGAUUAACCGAGUGGCUCAGGUUCACCUUCACACUGCUGCUGGACUCCUCCCAGUAUGUGACCAGUCUCAUGCCCCUGCCAAUCCCCUCCAUCGGCUCUGGGAGAGCUUGAGGAGGCUGACACAUCUGAACUAUGAAUAUUCAAGCAACACACAUCCCUUUACCCCAGGCUCAACGUGGUCCUGAGUUUUGUUUCCUGGAUGAUGAAGACAACUCUGUCUCUGGCCAACCAGUGCUGGGUUCAUGAAUGGGUGUGCAAGGUCUGGCACUGGACCCAGCAAACCUCCACUUGUUCCUCAGCCAUUCAUCAUGCUGUGCAAGGAUUUGCUUGGUUUUGCAGUCCUGGCUUGGCUCCAGGCAGCAGUCUCUAUUGAUUUAGCUGCAACGGGCAGAGGAUACUCACCUAGAACUACUGCUUGAGGGGUAGCUGCAGGCAGAAGAGCAUGACCCAUGAGGGUGACAUCACGAACAUCACGACAUCAAUCGUGAAGAGCAUUGCCAGGUCCUGGCUUGUUCCAGCAUAGAGAUCUGAUCACAGACAGAUGUCCUAAACCUGCACAAUUGGGAGAAGGAGCCUGAAAAUGGUCCCUGCUGCAAAGAGCUCUAUUGUGGCAAGGGGCUGCUCAUCCCAGGCUCACUGUCCAAGGGAAUGUGACAGGAGGACCAGAAGUACCAAAUGGCCUGAAGAGACAGAGCAAGGGUCCUGCUCUUCAUGUAUCGCAGCCAAGAAUAAUGCCAAUGAGAUGCUAACAUGCUAAGAAGUCACUUGAGACCAAGAACAUAAUGGGAUUCCAGACUGGUCAUUUAUAACAAGAAUAUUAGGCAUAAUUAAAGCAAAAAUUUCCCAAGGGACUUUCACAUUCCUGCUUUGGUCUCAUGUCUGUUCUUUUGUGCCUGCUGGUAGGAGGGGAGGCUGUGUGAUCAGGUGUUUGGAAGGGAUGAUGGUGUGGCAUCCAGGGGAACCACGCAGGGGGGCUCUCUCAGGACAUCAGGAGGAGGAAGACUAGUGCUGGUGCUGCAGGUUUGUUCGGGUGGUGGCCAUGUGCCCUGAGUGAAAGUCUCCGAUCUGCAGGUGUGCUCAGUGGAGAACACUGUUGAGGUCUAAAGGAGCACAUGUGUGGCAUGGCAAAGCACCUUCUAAGAGCCAGGAUCCUGCCUAGGUGAGGGCAAAGGCAAUAGCCCAGGGAUCAAUAAAGCCUGCUGAGGAAAGGAGAAGGGAUUUAUCAGGCAGAUCUGACCAUUUGCUGCUCAGAGCUGUAGGGAGUAAUGGGAGAGAAAUUUUACCUGAGGGGAAAACUGGAUUAACAGCUUCAAGAUCAACAUGCAGGAGGAAUUCUGGCAGCAGAGUGGGAAUUCUCCACUUUGUUGCAUGGGAUCACAGAAUCAUGGAAUGGUUUGGCUUGGAAGGGACCCUAAAGAACACCCAGUUCAAAUCCUCUGCUAUGGGCAAGGACACUGUGGGCAGGGAUAUAAAUUCUUGAUUUCCUCUGGUAGUUGGGUUGACUUUGCAUUUCUGCACACAAUGCUAACACAAUGCUAACUUGAGAGCCUAUAACACUGGGAAAUGCAUCGUUAUCCUGAACUGAGAGAGGCUGAGCUGGAGCAGCUCUGGGAAACAGAAGUGCAGGGUGUCCUGGAGCCUGGAGUUCACAAGGGUUUCAUUAGGAGCUGGCAUAUAAUGCACGUCCUACUGUGGCCCUCAGGGGCACUGAAAAGUGGAAUCUGCCUCUGUGCUGUGCGACCAGUGGACUUGUACAUCCCACCGACACGGCUGCAGAGGCAGGGAGUAUCUUGGCAUUCAAAACGGGCUGAUGGACAAGAGAUCAAAAAAGAGACAGUGGAAGCAACAGAGAAGACCAAAAGGAGCAGAGAGCAGCAAGGGCUGGGCUCACGUGCUAUCUCCUCCCCCCAAUGCUGGAGACAGUUCUGCGCUAGAGGGACCU